AUGUCUACGAGGUUCUCAGCUCAGUAUAUUGGCAUAUGUAUGGUUUUUGCUGUUUACAUUGCAGUAAGUGUAGAAGGAGUAGCAUUCGGUGGCAACUGUUCAGGUUCCGGGACCGGAGAUUGCACAGAAAAAAAUAAUACAGUUUGUAACGGCACCUGUAAAUGUGCUACCAAUUCAUUCCGAAAAAGUACUUCAGAAUGUGCAAAAAAAAUUGCGCUAAACCAGACAUGCACAACAGGACAAUCGGCUGGUCAGUGUGCAGACUCUAAUGCAGCAUGUGUCGGUACUGCAUUAAAAUGUCAAUGCAAGUCCACUCAUUUUGUUAGUAAAACUGGAGCUUGUAAACUAGUGGUUACUGCCUUGGAUGCAGCUUGCGACGCCUCGGAUUCUUUCUCGCAUCAAUGUGCUGUAGUCAACUCGGAAUGUAGAAAAGAUGGAACUGAUAAAUGUCUUUGUAAAGCCACCCACUAUGCAAAGGGAGCCACUUGUGAAAUCAGAAAGAAACCAGACGAAGGAGGUUGUGCAGCACAUGAGUGUGUUACUCAUGCUACUUGUAACACUAAGUCUAAUCCUACUAAAUGUCAAUGUGAUACAGGUUAUACUGCAAUACCAACCACCACACCUACCAUGUGUAGUGGUGUACCUAAAGUCGCAACUUUGUCGUACAUGUUUGUGAUACCUAUUCUUUUAUCCAUGGUGUUUCUUCUACGAUAG